GCAGCGACCGGACCAUGCCAUGCAUGAUAAAAAGGCAUGGCCGCAUACUCUAUUCCUCCCUCUCUUCUUCCCCGCUUCACUUGGGUAGUUGGGUUGGAUCGGAACUGGGACGUAGCACUCCUACGCGCCCCCACCCACGCCCGACAACCCAACCACCCGCCGGAGCCGGAGCCGGAGCCGAAGCGGGAGGACUAAUAGCCAAGUCCAGCCGCGCACGCGAUGGGACACGGCCUCAGCUGCAGCCGCGACGGCGACGAGCACGACUUCUUCCGCGCAGCGCAGGUCGGCGACCUCGACGCCCUCCUCGCUGCCGACCCCGCGCUCGCCCACCGCACCACCAUCUACGACCGCCUCUCCGUGCUCCACGUCGCUGCGGCCAAUGGCCAGCUCCAGGUGCUCUCCAUGUUCUUGGAUCGCGGGGCGCACCCGGACGUGCUCAAUCGGAACAAGCUGACUCCGUUGAUGCUGGCGGCCAUGCAUGGCAAGAUCGACUGCGUGCUCAGGCUCCUUGAGGCCGGCGCAAAUAUCUUGAUGUUUGAUUCGGUGCACGCGAGAACGUGCCUCCACCAGGCGGCCUACUACGGCCACGCCGACUGCCUCCAAGCCGUCCUCUCCGCCGCGCAGGCGACGCCGGUGGCCGGCUCAUGGGGAUUCGCGCGGUUCGUGAACGUGAGGGACGAACACGGGGCGACGCCGCUGCACCUGGCGGCGAGGCAGGGGCGGCCGGAGUGCGUCCACCUGCUGCUGGAGAAGGGCGCGAUCGUCUCCGCUGCAACCGUCUCCUACGGCUUCCCCGGGAGCACAGCGCUGCAUUUGGCUGCCCGCGGCGGUAGCUUGGACUGCAUCCGGGAGCUCCUCGCCUGGGGAGGUGAUCGCCUCCAAAGGGACUCCGCGGGGAGGAUCGCCUACGCGGUCGCGCUGAAGCGGCGCCACGGAGCGUGCGCGGCUCUGCUGAACCCGGCGGCGGCGGAGCCGAUGGUGUGGCCGUCCCCGCUCAAGUUCAUCAGCGAGCUCGACCCUGAGGCGAAGGCUCUCCUGGAGGCGGCUCUGGUGGAGGCCAACAGGGAGAGGGAGAAGCGGAUCCUCAAGGGCACCAAGUACAACCGCCCACCUUCCCCUCCUGCGCACGAGGAGGAGGAGGAGGAGGAGGAGGAGCUGUGCAGCAUCUGCUUCGAGCAGGCGUGCAGCAUCGAGGUGCAGGAGUGCGGGCACCAGAUGUGCGCGCCGUGCACGCUGGCGCUGUGCUGCCACAGCAAGCCCAACCCGACGACCCUCGCCCUGCAGCCGCCGGCCUGCCCGUUCUGCCGCAGCAGCAUCACCCGGCUGCUGGUGGCGGUGGCCAAGACUAGUACUAGUGAGCAUGACAGCAGCAAGGAUGAUGCCCGCAGGCGGUCUCGGCGGAGCGAGGGAAGCAGCAGCUUCGAGGGGCUCAUGGGGAUGCGGCCCUUGUCCAACAAGAUGGCCCGUGGCCGUGCCUCGGGAAGGUUGCCCGCCCACAGCUUCAAGGACCUCAUCCUGAUGGACAAGCAAGCCUCAACAUGAACAUAUUCAUGUGCCAACUGCACUGCACUGCACAUACGUAUUUCUUCCUAACAUAACUGACAUGCAUCAUGUGUAACAAAUUAAACUGCAUCUGGAUGCAUGCAUGCAUGCCGUCAUUUUUUGAUGUUCUGUCGUCCUAUAGAUAAAUACUGUAAGAUAGGGAUUGCGUCGAAUUGCUAAUAGUCAUUAUUCUUGGAUUGCCAUGUUUGUAAUAGUCACGAGUAUUAUAGAGCCCCUUCCUUCCCUUGCUUGGUCGUUGCAAAGAAAGAAAGCAAGCAAGCUAGCUUCAUGUGCAAGAUGGAACUGAGGUCACGGCCAAGUGGGCUUCUUGUGUUGUGUCGCCAGGCAUCACAAGAAAGGGGUAUCAGUAUCACUCGUGAUGAAUCAUGAAUGUAUGUAUGUAUGCAUGCAUGCAUGCAUAGAGACGAUCGAGGCAUUGCCCAUCCAUGGCAUUGGCAUGUGAGCUGAUCGAGUUGCCACACCUGUAAUCCCAAUUUGUUGGUCACGGGGAAUGUUUAUGAGG